AUAUAGUAUACAAAGGUAGCACUGCGCAAUGUCGGUUAAAUAAUUAAAAUUAAUGUCGUGUCCAUAUUGGUGAAAAAAAACAACAAAGCGAACAACUAUACAUAUGCAGAUAUUAAAAAUAAAAACACCUAUUAAUGAGUUUGUUUUGAAAUUUAAACAAUAAUUGAAAAUGGCAUCCAUAGAUAAGGAAAACGACAUUAAAAAUGAAAAAAAGUGUGAGGAUGCCACCACACCGCCAGUUGGAUCAGAAGCCAAACAGCUGGAAGCUGAAAAGGAGAAACUGUUCGCAUCUGCACCAUCAGCAGAAAGUGAUAUUGGACGUGAAAUGACUACAAAGGAGGCGUAUUUUGCCAGUCUAAACGAAUGGGUGAAACAUGCUAAUAUCUCGCAAAAUGCCAUGGCUCUUUUUCCUUUGUAUUUAAUACAUAGCUAUCCGCAAAUGUUUCAAAACCUUAUAAAUAAUCCUUUGGCUGGUUUAGGCGGUACAAUACCACCAAUAAAUACUCAAGCGGUGCCACCUACUCCGAAUUUAAACGCUGUCGAUGCCAACGGUAUUGGUGAACGUGGACGCGUCUUGUUCCAGUAUCGCAUAUUAAGUGAUCAACUACAAAGUGAACUUAUUCAUCGUACAGGUGGCUACGAGUAUGUUAUUGCACCCUUCUGGAAGCGUGUGGUUGCUGAAAUCAUCGAUAUGGUUAUAUUACUGUUGUUGAAGAUUGUGGUAACGUUUACAGUUAUGAAUUUAUUUGAUUUGGAUUUGGGAUUUGAUCUUGACAAGGAAGUGUUGCGAAAAGCCAUUGAAGAUGAUGAUUACGUUAAUUUUUUGGCGGUAUCUAUGGACUUUCUAGCGUUUUCUUCAGAUCUUUUAAUGCUUGAGCUAUUAACCAAAAUAAUAGUUUGUUUCUACGAGGCCAUAUGGACAGCUGCUUAUAACGGCGCUACCCCAGGUAAAGCGGCUAUGAAAAUACGCAUACAAUAUGUAGAGGCGAUUUAUCCAUUACCGCCUCCAGUUGAUAUGCAACCACAGCCACCACCAUUUGCCAGACAGUUUCAGGGUUUUCAAGCCCAACGGAUGUCAAUCAAUGCACUUAUAUAUCCAAAUGAAGUGCCAACAUUCCAACGUGCUUUUAUGCGUGCCGUAUCAAAGAAUUUAAUAAUGACCCUAUUUUUUCCAAUGUGUUUUAUAAUGAUUUUCUUUAAAAAUAAUCGAACCGCUUAUGAUAUAGCAACUAAAACGAUUGUUGUUGAAGCGAAUCCAAACCCAACGCUUCGACAGCCACCACCACAACAAUAGGAUCUAUAUAAAUCAAAGUAUGGGGGAUGUUUGGUUACUUUCGCAUUUUGUUAUUUUUUAUUAUUGCUUGUUCUUUAAACUUUUUUAAGAAUUUCCAUAUCUGAAAUUUAUUAACAAUUUAUGAAAAUAAAUAUUUAAACAUUAUCAAAAACA